UGCCUCACACGCCAGUGACGUCAGGCUGGAGUUUGGAGUAGAAAGCCAAGUGGAUGAAGGAAGUGGAGAUCUCCACCCUCCAGCCUCCCCCUGACACUUCUCAUAAAUAUUACCGAGGCUUAUUCGGGGAACUCGCACCACAAAGUCACAUCGUGUCCCGGUUUUAACAAGCUUUCGCCUGUCAGAAUAUUACAAAUCUUUGCCUUUUUUUGUUGUUGUUGUUUUGUUUUAAACACCGGGGUUGGCACCGGUCGCAUGCGCUCCAGGCACCGUUUUUUCCAACUCCAUGCGCUGCUUGUUGCGCCCCGAGCUGCUGGAGGGCUGCUGUCUCCGCUAACCGUUCGACGUCCCGGGUUUCCGACCCCGUUCGACGGAGCCUGCGUGUCGAAAGCGAAGAGCAUAUGAUACGAUGGACAAUCGCGUGUCUUAAUUUUGGAGGAGUAACUCUGACAAGUUGGGAGCGGGACUUUGAAGAAGCAGGAAAAGAAGCCGAUAAAGAAGCUGCGAUUUCACAAGUUUUAUUGUCUUUCUGUCGACGCGAAGAAAAGAAACAGAAUUUUUUAUUCAGACUGUUUAGAAAGAUCCAGGACCCAUGAUGAGCAAACCCACCGGCUCAACAAGUGGCUGUUUGGAUAUUCUCAAUGUCAAAUCAAGUCGGAUUUUGGACAUCCCAUGUAAAGUGUGCGGGGACCGGAGCUCUGGGAAACACUACGGUGUUUACGCUUGCGAUGGCUGCUCAGGAUUCUUCAAGAGGAGCAUCCGCAGAAACCGGACUUACGUCUGUAAAUCUGGCUCGCAGGGUGGCUGUCCCGUAGACAAAACUCACAGAAACCAGUGCCGAGCGUGCCGUUUGAAAAAGUGUCUGGAAGUGAACAUGAAUAAAGACGCCGUUCAGCACGAGAGGGGGCCCCGGACGUCCACCAUUCGCAAACAGGUCGCCUUGUAUUUCAGGGGCCAUAAAGAGGUGAACGGGUCCUCGACACAUUUCCCCGGAUCCUCACUGCCCGGGCCUCCCUUCUUCACCACCGUCACCCAGCUGGAGCCUCACAACUUGGAGAUGAGCACAGUGGCCUCCACGCCGGAAAGACAGGCCAUCGUGGGUCUGGCACAGCCCACCCCCAAGUAUCCCCAUGAGGUCAGUGGCACCCCCAUGUACCUGUACGAGGUGGCGACGGAGUCUGUGUGCGAGUCAGCGGCGCGCCUCCUGUUCAUGAGCAUCAAGUGGGCUAAAAGCGUGCCCGCUUUCUCCACCCUCCCUUUAUCUGAUCAGCUGAUUCUGUUGGAGGACGCUUGGAGGGAAUUAUUUGUACUGGGCAUCGCGCAGUGGGCCAUUCCCGUGGACUCCAACACUCUUCUUGCCGUUUCUGGGAUGAACACCGAAAACACGGAGUCUCAGCGGAUGAACAAGAUCAUGUCAGAGAUCCAAGCACUUCAGGAGGUGGUCACCAGAUUCAGACAGAUGCGUCUCGACGCGACAGAGUUCGCGUGUUUGAAAUGCAUCGUGACAUUCAAAGCCGUUCCUACACAUGGCAGCACCGAGUUAAGAAGUUUCCGCAACGCCAGCGCUAUCGCCGCACUACAAGAUGAAGCACAGCUGACUCUAAACAGUUAUAUACACACUAGGUACCCCACUCAGCCCUGUCGCUUCGGCAAGCUGCUCCUGCUCCUGCCGGCGCUCCGCUCCGUCGGCCCGUCCACCAUAGAGGAGGUGUUCUUCAAAAAGACCAUCGGCAACGUGCCCAUCACCAGGCUCCUCUCCGACAUGUACAAGUCCAGCGAUAUAUGAAACGCCGCCGUCUCAUCGUGGAAAAGACUCAGGCUGAUGAUGGCCCGUACAGAGACCCACCCAGCAGUCAACAGAAUGUCAAAUCAUAGCAGGUGUAGCUGUGGGCUGAAUAUUUUUGCUGAGCAGAGAAUAUCUUAGGCCGUCUUUACGUAGCCUAUUUAGGCUCAAUUCAAACAAAGACUGCAACACAGCCGGAUCACAAUUAGCCUAUUAACAGUUGCUCUAGUUAAGGAUUAGCAUGUGCCUACCAUUCAUUAUAGAACUGGCAGUGUGAUUUUGAAAACAGAAAUCUUUGGUGUGGGCAAAUAGACUCCACAUUGUUUAAACGGCGACACCGGAGAGCACCAACAAAGUACGCUUGACAAAGAAAUAAUGUAUAUUAAGAGUGUCUGUGAGACCAAUGAGCUUGACGACCAAUUCAAUCUUUUAUUGCCGUGUUCAAUCCCAAUGGAGGAAACCAAAAAGAAAAAGAAAAAGAAAAAAAAAAGGUGACGCAUGCGUAACGGUGGGAGGGGUGCGAGUCGCUGUUCCUCGAUCCGGUGCUGAAACCAAACGCACGGUGGCAACGACGAAGAGGUGCCCGCUCUACGAAGCACUGUGGAGGAAACAAGACUUUUUUUUUUUUUUUUUGCAUUGCCUCUUGACUGUAGAACUACAAUCAUCUGAAGACGGUGUUUGUAUUUAAGUGGCUACUGUCCUGUUUGUGUUGGUUUGUCCUGUUUCGGGCGCAACAUUUAAAAAAAAAAAAGAAGUUUUAUGGUCGACUUUGUGAAGUUAGACACUAACACUGGAUAAAAUAAUAUUCAGCACUUGGAAAUGUUCUUUUUUUGUGGCCUGUGAUGUUUUUAUUCUGCUGUAUAUAUGUGAAGUUAUAACUAUUUAGAGUUGUAACAAAGAGAAUAAAAGACACUGAUUUAAACUGCUUUGACAUACAGUAACCUGGAUAUAAAGUGUGAAGGACAUAUUCAAAAUAUUUCCCAGUGAUAUUUUAAAAAAUAAGGAUAUAAAACAUGCAAAAUGGUAAAUAAUGACGCAUGACUUGUUGAUUUAAUGCAGGAUUGUGAAUCCCUGCUACUCAGUGUGACUUGUUAGUGCUUUAUGGGGAAUAAAUUAUUGAUUGUUAAUUCUA